CUUUCUUAAUAGAAAAGGAAGAGGUUUUCCUUGGAUCAUCCAGAAACCUGAAAAAAUCUAAACCAUUCCACUCAACGGCCUUUGUUUCCGUUUCUGCUAUCGAAAACCAAAACCCUAAUCACGACGAAGAACCAUGAAUGAUCAAUUGGCCAGAGCGGAGGAUUUCGAGAAGAAAGCUGAGAAGAAGCUCAACGGUUGGGGCUUGUUUGGCUCCAAAUAUGAAGACGCCGCCGAACUCUUCGAUAAGGCUGCCAACUCCUUCAAGCUCGCCAAAGCCUGGGAUAAAGCUGGAUCAACUUAUGUAAAGUUGGCAAACUGUUAUUUGAAGUCAGAGAGCAAACAUGAAGCUGCUCAAGCCUAUGUUGACGCUGCUCAUUGCUAUAAGAAGAUAUCUUCAAGUGAGGCCAUAUCUUGUUUGCAGCAGGCAGUACAUCUGUUUUGUGAUAUUGGAAGGCUCAGCAUGGCUGCAAGAUACUACAAGGAAAUUGCAGAACUGUGUGAGUCUGAAAAGAACCUUGAGCAGGCUAUUGACUACUAUGAAAAGGCAGCUGAUUUCUUCCAAAAUGAAGAUGUGAGUACCUCAGCAAACCAAUGCAGGCAGAAGGUAGCUCAAUUUGCUGCUGAGCUGGAACAAUAUCAGAAGGCUAUUGAAAUUUACGAGGAGAUAGCACGACAAUCACUAAACACUGCUUUGCUGAAGUAUGGAGUUAAAGGACAUCUUCUUAAUGCUGGCAUUUGCCAGCUCUGCAAAGGAGAUGUUGUUGCAAUUACUAAUGCAUUGGAGCGCUAUCAGGAACUGGAUCCAUCCUUUUCGGGAACAAGAGAAUGCAGAUUUUUAGCUGAUAUUGCUGCGUCCAUUGAUGAAGAGGAUGUUGGAAAGUUCACAGAUGUCGUAAAGGAAUUUGAUAGCAUGACUCCUCUGGACCCAUGGAAGACAACCCUGUUGUUGAGGGUGAAGGAGAAGCUGAAAGCCAAAGAAAUGGAGGAGGAUGAUCUUACCUAAAAUUUUCAAAUCCGUAACAUUCCAGGGACUUAAUUUUUUUAUGUUGAUGGAUUGCAUCGUAUCGUGUCCUUGUCCAGUCAUACUCAGUUUUUUGACAUUCUGCUUUAACGGGUGUACUUGGCUUUUAUGACUAGCUAGAGUUACUCUGCUUGGGAAUUUGGGAUUUUGUGUAAACAUGAGUUUGUAACUAACGUCAUGGUUAUGCUCCUGUACAAGUUUUUUUGUUUAAAAGAAAUAAUUAGAAAAGUAAACGGAGGAGAAAGUUGAAAUGUUCAAGCGAAAUUGCCCGUGAAAUGAAGAUAUCCAGUAAUC